GCUGAGCUCGUGGAGAUUUUUCUUCUUUAAAAAGUGGCUCCAUGCAGAAGGUGUUCAGAAGCACAGCAAGGGCGAUGAUGUGGGCAUGAGAGGAUUAGAAGGCACAUGGUGUGUGUGCGCACGUUUAAAACCGGGAAAACGCAUAGGGGAGGAGGAGAGACGGUGAGUCAGGCUGAAGCAGCUCUUUAACAGCCAGUGGAAGCGGAUCACAGGCUGAGCAUGGUGAUGAUGAUGAUGGUGUGCGGUGUGUCAUGGCAAACGAGACCGGUGCGAUCAUGCUGAAGUGUGUGGUGGUCGGUGACGGCGCCGUCGGCAAAACGUGCCUCUUGAUGAGCUACGCCAACGACGCGUUUCCCGAGGAAUACGUGCCCACCGUGUUUGAUCACUAUGCAGUGAGUGUGACUGUUGGGGGAAAGCAGUACCUUCUUGGGCUGUAUGACACCGCUGGUCAGGAAGACUAUGAUCGCCUCCGUCCCCUGUCUUACCCCAUGACUGAUGUCUUCCUGAUUUGCUUCUCGGUGGUGAAUCCAGCCAGUUUCCAGAACGUGAGGGAGGAGUGGGUCCCUGAGCUGCAGGAGUGUGCACCCAAUGUCCCCUACCUGCUCAUUGGCACUCAGAUUGAUCUGCGAGAUGAUCCCAAGACCAUUACAAAGUUGAAUGAUGUGAAGGAGAAGCCCAUUGUGACAGAACAGGGGCAGAAGUUGGCAAAGGAGAUUGGUGCCUGCUGUUACGUGGAGUGUUCAGCCCUGACGCAGAAAGGCUUGAAGACGGUAUUUGACGAGGCCAUUAUCGCAAUUCUAGCCCCCAAGAAAUGUGUGUUAAAGCGACGUCUUGGCCCACGGUGCAUCAACUGCUGCCUUAUAACGUGAGCAUCCUGUUACACACCAGCUCAGGGACAAUUCUGUGUCAGAGCUACAAGACUUCGACCUGAAUAAGGAGCGCAAGCUUACGAAUCAACCAGAGUGCAACCUCUCUGUAAACAGAUGACAAAAACACAUUCUGGAAGAAAAAAACAAACAAACAAAAAAAACCCACAGGUAUGAAAUCUUUUACUGUCUAGAAACAGGAACCAAUGUUGCUCUGGAUAGAAGGCGUGAAUAAAUGAAAAUAAUGACAAAAAUCAUUCAGCGGUCAAACAAGUGACCAACAAGGACACUAAACGUGAACGAGGCGACACCCAAGCAUGUAACACAAGCACAGAAAAUGAAUGGCACACUACAACAAUCUUGAUGAUUAAGAACAGUUUGACUGUAUUUCCAGUUUUGCUUCUGUAGGCAUGUGUGGUCUAGUGGAAAAAAGACAGACUAAAGAGCACAACCAAACAUUUACAGAAGCAAGACUUUGUGUCAGAAAAAAGGGAACCUGCAUCUGGCAACACUGGGGUUGCUAAAUGAAUGCCUUUUACAAAACA